CACGUGUCCAUGCUCGCCUCUUCCCUAUCCAGUCUUCACUUUUUUUUUCUUCAGAAACUAUCAGUCUUCACCGAAACUUGAAAGGGUGCCCGCAGUGCUCUCACCGCCGCCGGAGUCGAUCUGCCGGCCUGGUGCUCCCAUGCGCCCAUCACCGUGUUCAGUAAGCAAUACAAAAGAAGAAAACAUGGACCAUAAGGAGGAGAUUUGUGCCGCCAAGCUAACUGAUGAUCUAGUAGUAGACAUACUGUCCCGGUUGCCAUUCAAAUCUUUUUGCCGUUUUAAAUGCGUAUGCAAAUCCUGGCUUACUUUCUCGUCCGAUCCUCACUACUGCCAGAAGCUGCCCAAAGUUCCAGCUGGUUUUUUCUACCAAGAUAGUGACAACUCUGCUGUCCAGCUUGUUAGUCUGUCCAAAAAUGACGAAGGAAUUGAUGGAACUCUUAGUUUCUUGCCAGAUUAUGAACAACUAAAAUUUAUUGACUGUUGCAAUGGCCUAGUCCUUUGUGAGUACCGGAGCAACCAUACUUCUCCAGACAUUCUUCGCUUCAUUGUGUGUAACCCGGCAACACGAGAGUGGAGAAUACUUCCUGAUACUCAACGAGAUGCAGACAACUUCUAUUACAAAACAAUGUUGGGCUUUGAUCCAUCAAGAUCACCACACUUCUGUGUCUUCAACUUCCACGAGAAGCGUGGCACUGGCAAUCUUGUGCUUGGUACCAGGCGAGUUGAGAUGUUUUCGUCUCGCAACUCCCUGUGGCUUGUGAAUUCUGAUUUGUGGGAUCCUGAGAAUAAUACGAUAUCGGUUUCUGUGAGACCACACGUGUUCCUUGAUGGAUUCUUGUAUGCACAUUCAGAUCUUGAUGUUUUGGUGUUGGAGGACGUGGUGGCAGAGGCAGAAAACAUUGGCGUCCCACCCUCUAAUUGGACAAUUAAGUUGCCACUCCACAGGAUCGACUGUAUGGCGGAUCAUUGCUUCAGAGGUUGCCUUGGUCAAUUUUCAGGUAUGUUACACUAUGCAGUGGCAGAGGAGGAUGGUCACACAGUUCUCAUAUGGAGUUAUGCUGAUGGUAAUCCUCAUGGAUGGACUGUUGAGCAUAGACUUAGUAUGAGAAAUGCAUUAGGAAGGGAUGACUUUGUUCACUAUGAGGAUGGCUGGAUUUGGACUUGUAAUUAUGAAAUUAUUGCUUUUGACCUGGAAAGGGAGGUUCUUUUCCUCAUCGAUGAAACGACAAAUAAGCUUCUUUCCUACGGAAUCAGCACUAGGAAGGUUGAUGAGAUUAAAGAUGGCUCCCACUGGUAUAUGUACUAUGUUCCCUGCUACUCAAAGCUUCCAGACCAGGAACCUUACUGAAGAGUGAAGAUGUAGUGAGUGGCGUGUUUCACUCGUACUCAUGAUUUCUGCCACUCAUCAGCAUGAACAAGUGUUGCAGGCUGCUAUUUUGAAAAUUAAGAACUUCCUCUGUUUCUUUUCUUUUAAGAUGCUACAGGUAGUGGUAUGUUAAUGUACUAACUAACCUGGGAAGCUAUGUAAUGUAAGAAAAACCAUCACCAGAUUCCAGUCCAUGGUCUUGUAUGCUCUUACCUCUUCAAUGUCUCAGAUUACGUUUUUCCCCUAA